AAGAAGGUAAUUUUAUCUAAAGAAGAAGAAAAAAAGAACUGAGAAAAUAAAUAAUGAGAUCAUCAUUCCAAAUAGAAAAAGGCAGACACAUAAACUUUUGUGUGUGUCAUGACGCACUGCCACUGAAAAAAAAAAAAACCAAAUAUUCAAGAUAAAUAUAGUCAGUUUAAUUAUAUAUAAUUUCCACCGCCAUUAACUUUUAACUAAGAAAUAUAAAAUUUAAAAUGGGAAUGAUAUAUGAAAGUUUAAUUAUUUAUAAAAAUGGCUGCGACAGUUCUUACAGAUCAAGGUGCUUGUAUAGUUGUAUAUUUUUUUCAAAGAGAGAGGAAUAUUAUUUUCUUAUUACACAGAUGGGCUUAAGUGUGUAGGGUUGUAUAUAACUUAUCUUUUGUGUUUGCCUCUCAUUCAUAACUCCAUCGGAUUCUAAGUAUUUCUAGUUUCUCUUAUCUACCCCUUUUAUUCUUCAUCUCUUAUCUAAAAAUUAUCUUUUGUAAAUCUUCCAACAAAACUUUUGUCCAGAAGAAGACAUGACAACUGAAGAUCAGACAAUUUCAAGUAGUGGAGGAUAUGUCCAAAGCUCAUCAACAACUGAUCAUGUUGAUCAUCAUCAUCAUGAACAUGACUCCCUUAAUCCUCCUCUUGUCAAGAAGAAGAGAAACCUCCCUGGAAAUCCUGAUCCAGAAGCCGAGGUCAUAGCUCUAUCCCCAAAGACACUUAUGGCCACAAAUCGAUUCCUAUGCGAGAUAUGUGGAAAAGGUUUUCAAAGAGACCAGAAUCUACAGCUUCACCGUCGAGGACACAACCUCCCAUGGAAGCUAAAGCAGAGGACAAGCAAAGAAGUAAGAAAACGAGUGUAUGUGUGUCCAGAAAAGAGUUGCGUCCACCACCAUCCGACAAGGGCACUCGGUGACCUUACCGGCAUUAAGAAACAUUUUUGUCGGAAACAUGGCGAGAAAAAGUGGAAGUGUGAGAAAUGCGCCAAGAGAUAUGCAGUCCAAUCUGAUUGGAAGGCUCAUUCCAAGACUUGUGGGACUAGAGAGUAUAGAUGCGACUGUGGUACAAUUUUCUCAAGGAGAGACAGCUUCAUUACACAUAGAGCAUUCUGUGACGCUUUAGCAGAAGAAACCGCUAGGCUAAACGCAGCCUCACAUCUCAAAAGCCUUGCUGCAACCGCUGGUAGUAAUCUAAACUAUCAUUAUCUCAUGGGCACACUUAUCCCAUCACCAUCAUCACAACCACCACCGUCGUUUCCAUUCGGACCACCGCAACCGCAACAUCACCACCAACAUUUCCCUAUCCCAACCACCACCUUCGAUCAUCAUCAUCAUCAAGACGUCAUGAAACCUGCGUCUUCGCUCUCUUUAUGGAUGGGAGGAAAUAUUAACCAUCAUCAGCAAGUGACAAUCGAGGACCGUAUCGCACCGCAGCCGCAUUCACCGAACGAGGAUUACAAUUGGGUUUUCGGAAACGCGAAUAAUCGCGGUGAGCUAAUAACGACGAGCGAUUCACUCAUUACACAUGACCAUAAUAUUAAUAUCGUCCAGAGUAAGGAAAACACAAACGCGGCUACUUCUCUUUCCGUCCCUUCUCUUUUUAGCAGCGUCGACCAAAUUACCCAAGACGCAAACGCGGCUUCUGCAAACAUGUCAGCGACUGCGUUACUUCAAAAAGCGGCUCAGAUGGGAUCGACUUCUUCUACGUCACCGACGACGACAAUCACCACCGACCAAUCAGGGUAUCUUCAGAGUUUUGCGUCGAAAAUCUCCGACCAGAGUAAUCAGAUUGUAGAAGAUGGUGGCAGCGACAAGUUCUUCGCUUUGUUUGGAUCGAACAGUGUCGAGUUAAUGAGUAAUAAUAAUAACGGUCUUCAUGAGAUCGGGAACCCUAGAAACGGUGUUAGGGUCGUUUCGGGGAUUGAUGAAUUACAGAAUUACCCUUGGAAGCGUAGAAGAGUUGAGAUUGGGAACGCAGGAGGAGGAGGUGGGCAAACUCGGGAUUUCCUAGGGGUUGGUGUUCAAGCAGUGUGCCAUUCUUCCUCUAUCAAUGGAUGGAUUUGAAAACACUUUUUAAUGAAUUUAUUCUAUGAAUUUUCUACCUUUUUAUAAGAACUUAUCAAAGCUACUUUCUUUGAUUAAUUACAAAGAUCUAGAUUUAUCGUAAUGUACAUUAACUGUUUCACUA